AUGGAUUUCACAUCUAUGACGAUGGCGGACAACGCAACGUCUUCAGCAGUUACGACGUCUCCAACGCCUCCCUCUGGUGUUUCUGUAAUGUCGGAGAUGGGUGGUGGAGGCAGAAGGAACAGUGGAUCUGGGGCUAGUGGCAGUGUUCUCUUUGCAGAAGAGGGUGGAGAUGCGAUGUUUCAACCACAUCAGUCGCAUAACGCUUCGAUUACCGGAUCACACAACAUGGCGAAGUUGAGAAGAGACUCUAUCGCGCAUUCGCAAGGAAUGGGAGGUGUGUCAUGGGGGUCCCUUACCAUCGGGUCCUGGUUGAGGGACGAAGUGAUGCUUCACGCCACUUUGAAGAACUCAAGAAGCAAUAGUUCGUCGAAGAAUACAACGAUUCAUCUGCAUCCGACACAUCGCAACAGCAGUCCAGCGUCACCGCCGAACGGCACAACUGCUAGCAUAAGGAGGCCGUCUCAUUUCUCAGCUGGUUCGCCUCCAGGUGCCCACAACGCUUACCUGCCCAGCCUCGAGAAACAGUACUGUAAGGAUUACUCAUGCUGUGGGCUAUCACUGCCCGGUCUACACGAUCUGUUAAGACAUUACGAAGAGGCUCACAUUGCAACCUCUCCCGGCUCUGCCAUCCCGGCAGGAAACGCAGCGUAUGCUGCGUCCGCUGCUCACGCCGCAGCAUCGCAGCAGAAGAGGAAAUCGUACCAAGGAACCGCACCACGGCAGGCCCCACAUACAAUCAACUACAGCGGGAACAGGAGCGCCGUUACGCAUCAACAGCAGCAUAUAAUACAGCAACAGCCGCAUCAUCGCCAUCCCGGUGGUGCGAAUGGUCAAACGAUGUCGCAGCAGAGAAUGCCUCUGUCACCGACCGCGACCAGCGCUGCUCAUGGCGGACUCAACAUUGCGGGAGUCAAUAGCAGCUUGACUGACCCAUCUGGCGCGGUAGCGGGUCAGGCGCCACCGCAAUUGCAUCUGAACGGGAACCUUGUGGACGCGGUGUCUACCAACGACGUCUUCUUGCAGGCCAACGCCAGCCAACAAAAUACAACUCACAACCCGCAAAUGCUAAGGCGGCGUGGCGAUAUGGCGACAAUGAGCGCCGUUCCGAACGCUAGCCAGAAUGGCAAGAUUCCAAUUACUGCUCAGCACUCUUUCAAUGCGUACUCUUUGAACGCUGCUUCAAAGAGUGGCCAACGGAACACUAAUAGGCUGCAUAACAGCAGCCCACACAUGGCUAUGAGUAGUGCCAACAAGUUCUCUCACCCUAUGCAAGUGGGAAUGGAGCUGGAUUUCAUGGAUGAAGAAGACAUGAUUGGAGGCGAUAUAGAUGAUCCCGCAUUCAUGCGUUUGACUAAUCCACUUGCACACGGAGCCAACAACGUCUUCGGCGCACAUACAAACGUGGGUGCAGCAAGGUUUAACACAAUGAACAUGCAGGCGAUAGGGCAUCCUACUCCGCCGCCUAGUACUACGGCGGGCACGAUACCGCCGCAUGUGAUAAACGACGAGGACGACGAAGAUGACGAUGAAGACGAUGACGACGACGAAGAGGCGGCCAUUGGGAAUUCCGCCGCUUCUAAGACCAAGUCUACUCGCCACAACAACCACAGACAGGAGGGCUAUAUCGAUGAUCCAGCGAGAAGAUUAUAUGUCAUGGACCAUGAGGAGCACAAACCUUUCAAGUGUCCCGUCAUCGGCUGUGACAAGACCUACAAGAAUCAAAACGGCCUCAAAUAUCACAAGGUGCACGGUCAUCAAAAUCAGAAACUGCACGAAAACCCAGACGGGACUUUCAGCAUAAUAGAUCCCGAAUCCAAUGAGCCGUAUCCUGAUGGAAUGGGUUACGAGAAGGAUAAGCCCUAUCGUUGCGAAGUCUGUGGAAAGCGCUACAAAAACUUAAACGGUCUAAAAUAUCACAGGGGGCAUUCAACACACUAA